AUCAGUACCAACUCGCUGGAACUCGGAGUAUGACAUGCUCGAGCGCAUGAAGAGAUUACAGCAACCAUUGUCAGAUGUGCUUUCGCGAACUACUAGUGUAACUGGAUUGUCUGGCACCGACUGGAAGAAACUUAGUGAUAUUAUCAAGGUCUUAGAACCAUUGAACGAGGCCACUAAAAUUGCUUGUGGGUCAAAAUACCCUACGAUCUCCAUGAUUGAGCCAAUACUUCGAGGGGUGGAGGAAGCUUUCGAAAAUCUUGCUUUCGAUGACGAGACAAGCGUUGGUCUGAAUAAUAUUGAUAGCGAAGAUAGUGAUGACGAUGAUAAUAGUGAUGAUGUUCAGAUGGGACUUCCAACGAUUGAUAACGAGUCUCAGAUGCCUAUGGGUUAUAACUUUUCAAAAAAUAUAAUCCGGAAUUUAAAAAUUAGGUUUUGUGAGAUUAAGGAAGAUAAGUUGUAUCGUAAAUGUACAUUUCUCGAUCCUCGUUAUCAGGAUUACUUUUUAACCGAUGAUAAGGUGAAAGAUGACAUAGAGAAAGAUAUAAAAGAAGAGAUUAUUGCCUAUAAAUAUUCGAACAAUGUUUUUGAAAACGAACAUGAAACUGUUGCUGAACCUCCUGUAAUCAAACCCACCAAGUUUUGGGACUUCAUGAAACAGCGACGAGCUAAUAGAGAAGAAACAAUAUUGAUCCUUCGGAUGAUCCUAUUCAUUGGUGGAAAAAAGAAUCAGUUAAAUAUCCUCUCUUAUCAAUGCUGGCUCGACGUUAUUUGCCAAUUCCAUCUACGUCUGUUGAGAGUGAGAGGCUGUUUUCUACUGCUGGAGACAUUGUGACUGAAAAGCGCAAUUCAUUAUCACCUGAUAAUGUUGCUCGGUUGUUAUUUUUAAAUAAAAAUAUAACUCGUUAUGUUUGAUUGAAUAUUAUAUCGAAAUUUUAAAUAAAAUAACGCUAUUCUAUUUAGA